AUGGAUGCUGCUUACAAGAUACAGGCAGAUUGGUUUAACCAUGGAGAUGGGAACUCUCUAGCUAUAGAACCAGGCCAACAUAAUGGUAGGAAUGAUGAGAUUUUGGGUCUGUACGAGGCUGCAAGAUGCACAGAUGAGGAUUUAGUUAGUAAGGGCUUAGAUGAUUCAGAAGCUGCUGAGAGUGAUGACCGAAAAGAAGAUGCGUUUUUAGCAAAACUUGCAGAAGCUGAGACACCAUUGAAAAAACUGAAGAAGGUCGAUGUCUGUCCAAAAUGCAAGACUUCAAGAUGGAAGACGAACAUGCACACUGGUGAGAUAAAGAAGGGAGUUCCUCAGAAAGUUCUUAGACUUAGAGGAUUAACUCCCGUCCAAACCUUACGGCUCGACGAUCCUUUCUCAGACGAUUCCUCGGCCACCAACUACACGCAUUUUCAGCUCGGCCAAACAUUCGCUAAUCGAUCUUAUACUUCGCUGCAAGCUCUCGCUAAACAUUGGCUAGGCAACAACACGUUCAACUCGUCAACAACUCAUCUCGGCGUAGCUUUGGACCAUCCAGCUCGUCAUCUACCUGCGCAUCAACGCCCUCCUGCGAAGGAGGAAGAGCGACCACAGUACCUCGGCGUUGAGAAUCUGAAGGAGGCGGGAUUGUCUUUGGAGCGCCUGGAGUCACCUUCCCAUUCUUUUUCGGAUCCAAAGUGGAUGGAGGUCUCGGCUCGUCGGUUCGUGGCGCAACAUGAGUCUUCGCGAAAGAGCUCGGCGCAAUCAGAUUCAAGGUGGGACGAGAAAGAGAAUUGGUUCGGCACAGAUCUCAAACCCGCCUCGGAUCGAGAGAAGGAAUCGGCGCAGAGCAAAGUAGAGUUGCUUAGCAAGAAGGAAGUCGGGCUCGUCUAA